AUGACGAAAAUAAAUUUAACGAAUGUUAAUUUAUCUCCAUCAGUAAUUAUAGAAAACACCGACACCAUUACAACGCCAUUUACGACAAAUUUUGAUAAUAUGGGUUUUUUCAAAUUAAGUGACAAUGUUUUUGGCAGUCGUGAAAAUGGAUCCAAUAGUGGUGAAAAUAAGAUUCAUGCCUAUAACGAGUCUAUAACGUUAGUAACAAGAACUAACAUUCCACAACCGAAUUCAACCUCUCUCGCUUGGCUACUAGACAACUACAAUGAUACAUUAUCAUAUAACACCUCGCCGUAUUAUGAUUUUGGACCACAACGCGAUUCACUAAAAAUUGUCAUACCGGUAACAAUCAUUUAUACUUUGAUUUUUAUUACUGGUGUUAUUGGAAAUAUUGGAACUUGCAUUGUCAUUAAGAAAAAUCGUUCUAUGCAUACAGCGACAAACUAUUAUCUCUUCAGUUUGGCUAUAUCGGAUUUCUUAUUACUGAUCUCUGGUGUACCACAAGAGAUGUAUUUUAUUUGGUCAAAGUAUCCAUAUAUUUUCGGUGAGUUUUUCUGUAUUGGGCGUGGUGUAGUAGCGGAAACAUCUGCUAAUGCUACUGUGCUAACUAUAACCGCAUUUACUGUUGAGCGUUAUGUAGGUAUAUGUCACCCAUUUUUGGGUCAGGCUAUGUCAAAGCUUAGUCGUGCCAUACGUAUCAUAGUAUUAAUAUGGAUUUUAUCCAUUCUUACUGCCAUUCCACAGGCCGCACAGUUUGGUAUUAUAAUUUUUAGUGGCGUUGAAAAGUGUUCGGUGGUACGAAAUAUCAUAGAACAUUCCUUUCAAUUAUCGACUUUCAUAUUUUUCCUUGCUCCAAUGUCGAUAAUUGUGGUUCUGUAUUUGUUGAUUGGACUGAAAUUAUAUCGCUCAGAUUUAAUUAUCAAUGCUGGAGAUGCUAAAAGUGUUGGCGAUGAUAAAAAAACUGCUUGUGAACGCUUGAACAGCAAUAAAGGCACUAAUCGUGGUGACACCGUUUUAUAUCGCUAUUCUGGUGGAACUCAGUUGAGUGCAGUACGAGGACGUGGACGUGGCCGUUCUAGUCAUUUUGGUACAAAACGAGUGUUAAAAAUGCUUGUUGCUGUUGUCAUUUGCUUCUUUUUGUGUUGGGCUCCGUUCCAUGCGCAACGUUUAAUCGCGAUUUAUGGCACCGAUGUCAUUGUCGGUGGUGGCACCGACGACAGUACUGGGAGUGAAGAACUUGAUACUAACAAUCAUGAGGAAAUUAUUUACACUGUUAUGACUUACGUGUCCGGAGUACUUUACUAUCUUUCGACAUGCAUUAAUCCGCUCUUGUAUAAUAUAAUGAGCAACAAGUUUCGUGAGGCUUUUAAGGCAAUUCUAUUCCGAAAGAAAGCAAAAGGCUCUAUAAAUUCGAGACGCACACAGGAGUCACGCCGUUUGCGGCGCAAUGCCACAUUAACAUCUACUACGCAGCGGGAGUCCAGCGAAACAGAAUUGGUUAGUAAACAUUCUGUGCUUCAGGCGGUGGUGCAGGAAAAAAACGAGACGAUUUAAUCGUCAUCAAAAUUUUUACCAGAAAGAAAAUUUUGUAAUGCUUUUCACAGCUUAAAAAACAAAACAAAAUAUAUUCUUCUGUACAAUAUUGGU